UACUACUACUACUACUACUACUACCAUUGUUUCACGUCCUACGUGUUGUUGUUGUUGUUUACAUUCUAAUAAUUUAUACUUUGAUAUACGUUAUUUACGUCAUAAGGAAAAUCUUCUACCAUUAAUUUAUGCAAUGUCUGAAGACGUUGAUACGCAUAUUAUUGAACGAUAUGAUUUACAUAAACGUCUUGGUAAAGGUGCUUAUGGAAUCGUUUGGAAAGCUGUUGAUAGACGAGUACGUGAAACGGUAGCAUUAAAAAAAAUUUUUGAUGCUUUCCGGAAUCAGACCGAUGCACAGCGAACAUUUCGGGAAGUAAUGCUUUUGCUAGAAUUCGGACGACAUCCAAAUAUCAUCAAACUAUAUAAUGUUCUUAAAGCUGAUAAUAACAGGGAUAUUUAUUUGGUAUUUGAAUUCAUGGAAGCUGAUUUACAUAAUGUAAUUAAAAAAUUAACAAUUUUAAAGGAUAUUCAUAAACAAUAUAUUAUGUGCCAAUUAUUUCGAGCUGUACGUUUCUUGCAUAGUGGAAAUGUUUUACAUCGUGAUUUGAAACCAUCGAAUGUAUUACUGGAUGCUGAUUGUCGCGUAAAAUUAGCUGACUUUGGUUUAGCCAGAUCUCUAUCACAAAUUGAAGACAAUCUAGAAGGACAAAAUAUGCCUGAAUUAACAGUAAUAUUUUACUGGAAAUUUUCACAUUUAUCCUUUUCAAUAUUUUAA